CGAACAAAAAAAUAAUAGAAAAUGAGAUGGAAACCCUAGCACGAGACAAGAGGCGUAGCGUAGGAGGUGGUGCGGAGGUUUUAACUAGAGCGCGGGCUUCCAACACUGGGAAACAUCAAUUUAGAGCGGGAACUCAAUUAACAUUUAACAGCAACAGAACACAACACAACCCUGUCUCCACUUCAUCAUGCGUUCUCAGCUUGUGAAAUCGAAUAUCAAAACCCCUCCAAGGCCAAAACGGCGUCGUCAACCACUCAAAUCAUGGCCUGUUACUUUCUCCCCCUUUGCUCGCGCUCUCGCUCUCUCUCGCAUCACCUCUCUCUCUCCACCAAACCCUACCCCAACCCUCUCUGCUAAGAAACCGCAACCCUCUCAUGGAUCUGUCCAUUCAGAUUUAUCCCAACCGGAACACUCCGAGUCUUCCGACGAGGACUUCGAUGGAGUUGUCCAAGCAGAUUUUUCAUUUUUCGAUCCCAAACCUAAUGAUUUUCACGGAGCCAAGACCUUGCUGCAAACCUACCUCGACGACCAGGAAUGGGAUUUGAGUGCCUUUGUAGACUUGAUUUUGGCACAGACCACCGUAGGCUCUGUUGUUAAGAUAGAGGACGACGAGGAUGAAGGGCUCUUCGCUCUUGUUACUGCUCUUAAUUUAUAUAGAUACAGGGAGCAUAAGUGUAUUGCGACAGUUAAGGAUUUUCUCCUCCAUAAAGUGCGCCAAGAGAAGAGUGUCCAUGACCAGUUGAAAUUGCUGUUGGGGGAGCAAGCGCAUGAUGUUGGUCUCCUGGUAUCGCAGCGCAUGGUGAACCUUCCUCCCCAGCUUCUGCCACCUCUUUAUGAUGCCCUUUUUGAUGAAGUGUCCUGGGCCACGGAAGAUGAGCCGACGGAGGAGCUCCAGAAUUCCUUCAAGUUUAAGCAUUAUAUAAUACUUACCAAAAUUUACGUGCUCAAGAAUGUAGAACAGAAAAGAAAACAGAGCAAUGGUAGUGAUGAGGCAAUAAUAUACAUAAAGCUUGAGGAUGAAAUUUUUCACAAGUUAAGCUCGUGGUCCUUCUGUUUUCCAUUGCAAACUCAGCAGCUUGCACCUCAUGAGCUGAGGAAUUACAGGUCAACGGGAUUAAUCGUGGCUGUUGAAGCUGACAAAAUUCCAACAUUUCGUCAAGAAUUAGCUUCUCUAAUAAAUGAAACCUGAAGGCAUCGACAAGGCUACUGGAUAAUUUAUUAUAUGAUAGAAUCUUAAUACUUUCAUGAGACAUGCAUUUUUACGCAGAUUGAAUUCUUUUUGCAAGGGUUUGAGCUGCCAAAUUUUGAAAUUUUGUUUUUUAAUUUUCUAUGAUCCCUUUUGUUCUGCAAUGACUAUUGCCAAGACAACUUUCCCCUUCCUGAUUUUGUUCGUA